GUGUGUUAACAAAAGCAGAACGCAUCUCAGAGAUUUAUCUCCAAAACUGCUUUGAGAAACACACCGCGACCUCAAACCUGGAUAUCUGUGACUAACUUCAGAAUACUGGCGGCGACGUUUUGACUUUUGAAGUUGACUUUACGCGGUAUCGCAUCAUCUCUGCUAAAGCGUUGAUACUUCAACUCGUUGACACUUGACCACAAGCGAGUCGACUUUGGAUAACUCCUCUUUUCCAUCCAGUGCUCCUUGCACCCGUCGUGCCCUUUCUAGCAGAAAUAACGGAGAUAUGACCGCCUUUGCGGGUGGCAUUUCCAGGAUGAUGCGCCCCACGCCACCCCAAAACUACCCGAGAGGAGGCUAUUCCUUGGAGGGGAAUAAAUGGCUUUUCAGACUCUCCACGCCGUUAGGUCAGGGCCGCGUGAACCAGCUCGGUGGAGUCUUCAUAAACGGACGCCCUCUGCCCAAUCACAUCCGCCAUAAGAUAGUAGAGAUGGCCCAUCACGGAAUACGACCGUGCGUCAUCUCAAGACAACUGCGCGUCUCCCACGGAUGCGUGUCCAAAAUUUUAUGCAGGUACCAGGAGACCGGAUCCAUUCGGCCCGGUGCUAUUGGCGGCAGCAAACCCAAGCAGAACACAACUCCCGAUGUGGACAAGAAAAUCGAAGAAUACAAGAGAGAGAAUCCAGGGAUGUUCAGCUGGGAGAUUCGGGAUAAACUUCUGAAAGAUGGAAUCUGCGACCGAAACAACGUGCCUUCAGUAAGUUCCAUCAGCCGCAUGCUGCGCUGUAAAUUUGGUGGAAACGGAGAUGAAGAUGAGGAUGAUGAUGAAGUUGAAAAAAGAGAGAUCGAGGAAAACGAAAGAAGAGCCAAACACAGCAUCGACGGCAUUCUCGGCGACAGAUCGAGUCACUCAGACGAGGGCUCCGAUGUGGAUUCAGAACCGGGUUUGCCACUGAAGAGAAAGCAGCGACGCAGUCGGACCACUUUCACGGCUGAGCAGCUGGAGGAGCUAGAGAGAGCCUUUGAACGCACACACUACCCAGACAUCUACACUAGAGAAGAACUCGCGCAGAGAGCCAAGCUCACCGAGGCACGAGUGCAGGUGUGGUUUAGUAACAGAAGAGCACGUUGGAGGAAGCAGGCAGGAGCCAAUCAGCUCAUGGCAUUUAAUCACCUGAUUCCUGGUGGUUUCCCACCUUCUGCGAUGUCGAGUCUGCAGCAGUAUCAGCUCGCGGACAGCCCUUACCCUCCUUCAUCUAUUUCACAAGUGUCUGAACAGCCGAGCACAGUACAUCGGCCUCAACCUCUUCCUCCCACUUCAGUGCAUCAAACCGGGCUUAGCAGUGGACCGGGGGUCCAGGAGGGGAGUUCGGCCUACUGCCUCUCCUCAGGACGUCAUGGCUUCUCUGGUUACUCGGAUGGUUACGUGUCCGCAGCAGGUCACGCAAACACAGUUAACCCCACCCUCAGCAACGGCAUCCCAUCACAGGUGAUGGGAUUGUUGAAUCCGGGUGGAGUUCCCCAUCAGCCUCAGAGCGAUUUUGCCCUCUCUCCCCUGACGGGCGGUUUGGAGCCCAGUACGGGCAUGGCUCCCAGCUGCCAUUCCUCUCAGAGACUGGAGGCUCUGCCAGGUCUGCCCAGCAUGCCAACGCUGCCCAGCUCUCAAUCCUACUGCCCCUCUAGCUACAGUUCACCCGGGUAUAGCGUGGACCACGUUGCAUCUUACCAAUACAGCCAGUACGGGCAGAGCAAGGUGCCUUUCAUUAUCUGAAGCUCAGCCUUGAUGAAUGCAAAACGACAGGAAGGAGAAGAUGAGAACUAUGGAUGAUCUGACUGUAAACUCCUGCACUUGAGCUCUCCUUCACCUCUUGAAUGUUUGACCAAAAUGACCGUCCAUCCUCAAACGCCCACUCCUCACUCGGUGGAAAAGCCACAGCGGUCCUAUAUUACGCAGCUGGGUCCAAAUGUGCAACUGAGUUGUUUUUAAGAGGGGGAUCGUGUGUAGGGUCAUGUCGGGCUGGGUUUGGGACCAGGACUGAUGUGGUGGUGGGCGAGUUUGAUUUUAUGUCGACAAUUUGGAACUAAAUGAAACGGCCUCCAUACACCUCGUUCUGGAGAACUGUAUCUCACAACGAAUCGUACAACCUCCUUCUUGAAGAUCAUCGAGCAUGAGAAGGACAAAGGGAAAAAUGAAAGGAAAUGAAAAGGACAUGUGAAUAAAGCAAAGACUUAGCAUAUUGAAUGGCAGGAAAACGUGUUACGCCAUACUCUGCUAUCAGCCAGUGACGGACGCACUUUAGUGGCUGGUCUCCAUUGCAACACAACCUGACAGUGACACAAGUCAAAUUUAUGAUUGGAUAUAUUUAGGUCAUAAGGGCUCAGAAAAGACAGACUUUCAGACUAUUUCAUUGUUAAAUAAGUGAAACAUGUUCAUGUUCAGCACAAAACUCUCAGGUUCUCUUUAUCGAGAGAGAGACCGAGAGAGUGUGACCUGUGUGGAAUGCACUCAAGUGUCUGAUGGUAUUUUAAUAGUUUCAGAGAGAUAAAGAGAGUGAACGAAUGAGUGUUACCGUCUGUAUUCCAGAUAGACCGUUACUACCAGUUCACUCCCAAUAUCAUAAAGCUUACUGCAUACUUCACAGUACAAAUCGAUAGAUCCAUGAAGCAGUGCAUUUGGGAACAUGUUUAAGUUGACAGCUGCCAUCCAUUUAUCACCAUUUUCCAUUUCUUCGAUUGUAGAAGUCAGAUCAAAUAGCGGAUCAAAUUUUAAAAAAUUAAAAUGCAGCUGACCUUCAGUUUAUUUGUGUCACAGGAAACGGAUGGCUGAGUCGACAGCAUUGCAUUCUGGUGGUAUGCUAUGAAAGCGCUGUGCUGUUCUGAACAUCGAAAACACGGGACAAAAAAAGACAAAAAUAAAAUAAAGACAAAAGUAUAACGCAAGGAAAGUGCAAUACAUAUUCAAUACCUCAUUAACACUCAUCUCUUCUCACUUGCUCACACAUCUGAACUGUUCGUAAACUCCAUGCGUUCUUAUGUACUCUUAUUUUUUCCAUGAAAGAAAAGAUUCCAGUGUUUGUUAAUGUAUGUGUAUGCUCAUUUACAAUAGACGCGAGUAUGUUUCUUUCACCUUGAGGUUUGUGUGCUCUGUCUGUGCACCGCAAACGCUCACCUGCCUUCAGAUCUUAAGAAUUGGAUCAAUUGUUUUUUAUCUUGUUGUUUUACAUUUUUUUGGUUUAUGACUGCUUAUAAUUGUUAAUGGAUAAUGUGUCAAAUGCAGCACUAUUUACUAUUUAUAAGAAGAAAAAAAAUAAAUGCAUUCAAUCUUG